AUGAAAUAGAAAAUGAUUUUCUUGAGGUUGCUAUUGGCUGGCCUUUUCAUACAGUCAGUGGAAUCGGUGUGUAAACAUCUAGGAAAACCAGAACUCCCACUCUUUUUGAAAGAAGGAGAUAUAAUUAUUGGCGGACUGUUUUCUUUUCAUGGUAGCUUUGUUGGCAGUAAUCCUACUUUUGAAAGCAGGCCAGAGCCUUUAAAAUGUAAAAGCCUAAAUUAUAGAGAAUUUCAGUUUGCACAAACCAUGAUGUUUACCAUAGAAGAAAUUAACAACAGUACAGAAAUUCUUCCGGGCAUUUCACUGGGCUAUAAGAUUUAUGAUGCGUGUGCAAAUAUACCUCGGUCAAUAAAAGCUGUGCUUGAUUUGGUGAAUGGGCAAGACAAUGAAUUUAAUUCAGAUAUGUCUUGCACCAAACAAUCUUCUGUGCUUUCAGUAAUAGGACAGACCUCAUCUUCUCCAAUGAUUGGAAUGGCAACAACUAUAGGACCAUUGCAGGUUCCAGUGAUAAGUCACCUUGCCAGCUGUGCAUGUCUCAGCAAUAGAAAAGAAUUCCCAUCAUUCUUUCGGACAGUCCCAAGUGAUUAUUAUCAAAGCAGAGCCUUGGUACAACUGGUCAAGCAUUUUCGUUGGACAUGGGUUGGCGCAAUUAGAAGUGACGAUGACUAUGGCAAUUCUGGAAUGUCCACUUUUGUUCACACUGCACUACAAGAGGGAAUUUGCAUUGAAUAUUCGGAGUCAUUUUCUAGAACAGAUCCAAAAGAAAAAAUCCUUAAAGUUAUUGAAGUCAUAAAGCAGUCCACUGCAAAAGUUAUUGUAGCUUUUAUGGCACAGGGAGAAAUGGCAAUUUUGAUGCGGGAAUUACUGCUUCAGAAUAUUACAGGUUUAGAAUGGGUGGGAAGUGAAUCUUGGAUUACAGCUAGAAACCUUGCCACUGACAAUGGAUUUAAAGUGCUUGGUGGAGCAAUUGGAUUUGCCAUUGUUAGUGCUGUAAUACCAGGUUUGAGGGAAUUUCUAUUACAAAUUCACCCAUCUGAUAAACCUGACAAUAUGUUUGUGAAGGAGUUUUGGGAGACUGUAUUUGGGUGUUCUCUUACAGCACAGAUUGGUGCUGACAUAAAAAAUCCAUGCACAGGAAAUGAGAGUCUAAAAGAAAUAAAUAAUCCAUAUACUGAUGUGUCAGAGCUGAGAAUUUCAAAUAAUGUAUAUAAAGCUGUUUAUGCUGUAGCACAUUCACUGCAAAAUCUUGUGUGUGAAGACAGAAAUAACCCUAUUUCAAUUAAAAAAUGUUGGAAUCAAAUAAACCUUGAGCCAUGGCAGGUACUUCAGUAUCUGAAAGGCGUCAACUUCACAACCAAAAUAGGAGAAAGGGUAUUCUUUGAUGAAAAUGGAGACCCAACUGCAAGAUAUGAGUUAGUAAAUUGGCAGCUUAAUAAAAAUGGAGUGACUGAAUUUGUUGUAGUUGGAUAUUACGAUGCAUCUUAUCCAGUGGGACAGCAAUUUAAAAUGAAUAACAUCAAUAUCAUUUGGACAGACAAUCAACAUCAAGUACCUACAUCAGUUUGCAGUACAAGUUGUCUUCCAGGUACUCGUAAGGCUGUUCAGAAAGGCAAACCCAUAUGUUGUUUUGAUUGCCUUCCAUGUGCUGAAGGGGAAGUCAGCACCAAAACAGAUUCCACCGACUGCAUCAGAUGUCCUUUGGAUUACUGGUCAAAUAUUAAAAAGGAUCAAUGUAUAUUAAAGAAUAUUGAAUUUCUUUCAUACGGAGAAAUUUUAGGAAUGACGCUUGUGACAUUUUCGCUGAUUGGAGCAGCUGUAAGUGUGUCAGUUGCAGUGAUUUUCUUCUCCUACAGAGAUACUCCAAUCGUUAAAGCCAAUAAUUCUGAGCUGAGCUUUCUUCUCCUGUUUUCUCUGACUCUGUGUUUUCUUUGCUCCCUCACUUUCAUUGGUGUGCCCUCUGACUGGUCCUGCAUGUUACGACACACAGCUUUCGGAAUCACUUUUGUUCUGUGCAUUUCUUGCAUUCUGGGUAAAACAGUAGUAGUGCUAGUGGCCUUCCGUGCUGCUCUACCCGGGAAUAAUAUGAUGAAAUGGUUUGGGCCAACUCAGCAGAGGAUAAGUGUGUGUUGUUUUACGCUCAUACAGGUCAUGAUAUGCAGUGUGUGGUUAAUAUUAUCCCCUCCUUUUCCCAGUAAAAAUAUGCAAUCAUACAAAGAGAAAAUUAUUCUAGAAUGUGACCUUGGAUCUAAAAUUGCAUUUUACACUGUGUUGGGAUAUAUAGGACUUCUCUCUGCUAUGUGUUUCUUGUUAUCUUUCCUGGCUCGCAAGUUACCUGAUAACUUUAAUGAAGCUAAAUAUAUCACUUUCAGCAUGCUGAUAUUUUGUGCUGUCUGGAUUACUUUCAUUCCUGCUUAUAUUAGCUCACCUGGAAAAUAUACUGUAGCUGUUGAAAUAUUUGCAAUUUUGGCUUCUAGUUUUGGUUUGCUUUUGUGCAUCUUUGCUCCAAAAUGCUAUGUUAUACUGUUUAAACCCAACAAAAACACCAAAAAGCAUCUGAUGGGCAAAAACUAA